GGGAGGAGACAGCGAAGAGAGCAAAAAGUUGUUUGAGGCUUGUCGCACUUACGGAUUCUUCUACUUAGAUUUGACAAGUAAUCCAGCUAUCUGCUGCCUCUGGGAAGAGAUGCUAGCAGUGGCAAAAGAAUAUUUUGAACAACCAAUAGAAAUUAAGAUGGAAGACGCUCGUGGAAGUGAUAAUACAGGGUAAGCUGACCAGAUAGGCGGGAAGAAAUAAAAGGGGAAAAGGCAGCCUGUGAGAAGAUCACUUACUUACUUGAUCAGGUACGGAGCCAAAGGACACGAGGUCGGACCCCAACCAGGCACAGUGGAUGGAUACGAAUUCCUCAAAGUAGGCGAAUCAAUCUGGCCACCCACGCAAGAGGGAUUGACAGUAGCUGAUGUAACUUCAUCUAGAUCUCAAGGCGGGAGUACCUCAAUGGGGACGCUGAGCUCACCACUUCGAUCAAGACCAAGUCGGAGUUCUUCUUCCGAUAUAUAUCCACAGCCCAUGAUACGCUUAUGCUACUGCUCGAGAGGUUGUCCGACGUAAUGGGGCUUGAAGGACACGAGCGCUUUGGCACGUACCAAGCGGACACGAGUCCAACACACAGCAACUUAGCGCUCUUGAGGUACCCGAAGCACGAAGACACGCCGAUAGAAAGCGUAGGACACAACAAGCACACGGACAUCGGGACGCUGACCUUUCUGCUAUGCCAGCAGUGGGGCCUACAGAUCCUCUCUCCGGGGACAGAGAAAUGGGCGUUCGUGGAGCCGCGCGUCGGCCACGCCGUGAUCAACGUUGGAGACAGCCUCCGGUUCCUGUCCGAAGGAAAACUCGCGUCGGUGGUGCACAGGGUAAUACCAGUGGGGGGAAAACAACAGGAGGACCGGUACAGCAUUGCUUACUUUCUCCGGGUGAACGACAGCGUGAGACUGAGAGAUACCAACGGGAAGCUUUGGUCGGCCAAGGGGUGGCACGACGCGAAAUUUGACGCCUCCCGCUCACCCAACACGAUGGAGAAUGGUAAUCAGGUGUUGACGGGAAUGAUGGAGACUGACGAUGUGCUGGUGCCGGUCAUGUAAAAUAGCAUAAAAACACAUGAUUUUGCCAAGAUGUUGUUAGCCACAGGAAUAUAGUCACAAGAUAAGGAGGUCUUCCGUGUCACUUCAGAUAAACCUAACGCCCGAGGGCGAGAGGAUUGCCUUAGCAGUCCAUAGUCUUAUGCAGUAAUAGAAGUGGGAUAGUUUUAUCUUCAGUGAUGAUUAGUUGAGGUCUAUUCAAAUGGUCUAGGAGUCUAAGUUGUAA